GAUCGGGUUUGGGGUUGGAAUAAUCAAUGCGGUUUAGUGGAAGUCUAACUAAGAAGUGUAGCAGAUACUUUUAGUUUUGGGGACCGUGCACACUCGGGUCGGAUCUGUCCAGAAACGAUGGAUCCGCUGUUGUAUUUAGCCGGCGUGGUCGUCAUGUUCCUGCUGUGGAUCAAAGUCAAAGGUCUAGAUUACGUGAUCGUUCACCAGAGAUGGAUAUUUGUGUGCCUGUUCCUGCUGCCUCUCUCCGUCAUAUUUGAUGUGUAUUAUUAUGUGCGUGCGUGGCUCAUUUUCAAGAUGUGCUCUGCGCCAAAACUGCACGACCAGCGCGUGCGAGACAUCCAGCGACAGGUGCGUGAGUGGAGGAAGGAGGGAAGUAAGACCUACAUGUGUACGGGUCGACCCGGCUGGCUCACUGUAUCUCUCAGAGUGGGGAAAUACAAGAAAACCCACAAGAACAUCAUGAUCAAUAUGAUGGACAUUCUGGAGGUGGACACGAAGAGGCAGGUGGUCAGAGUUGAGCCGCUGGCCAAUAUGGGUCAGGUGACCGCUCUCCUCAACUCUAUUGGCUGGACAUUGCCAGUGCUGCCCGAGCUGGACGACCUCACUGUGGGUGGUUUGGUGAUGGGUACAGGCAUCGAGUCUUCCUCUCAUAUUUACGGGCUGUUUCAGCACAUCUGUGUCGCAUAUGAGCUGGUUCUAGCUGAUGGAAGCUUAGUACGCUGCACUGAGGAGGAGAACUCGGACCUGUUUCAGGCUGUCCCAUGGUCCUGUGGAACUCUGGGCUUCCUGGUGGCAGCUGAGAUUAAAAUAGUCCCCACUAAGUCUUGGGUGAAGCUGCGCUAUGAGCCGGUCAGAGGACUGGAGAACAUCUGUAAACGCUUCACUGAAGCAUCAGAGAACAAGCAGAACACAUUUGUCGAGGGCAUCCAGUACAGUCUGGACACCGCUGUCAUCAUGACGGGAACCAUGACAGACCACGCUGAGCCUGAUAAGAUUAAUAGAAUCGGCCUGCACUUUCAACCCUGGUUCUUUAAACACGUGGAGGGAUACCUGAAAGGCGACCAGACUGGAGUUGAAUACAUCCCUCUGAGACAGUACUAUCAUAGACACACACGCAGCAUCUUCUGGGAGCUUCAGGAUAUUAUUCCCUUCGGCAACAACCCGGUGUUCCGCUGGCUUUUUGGAUGGAUGGUUCCUCCUAAGAUCUCACUGCUGAAGCUCACCCAGGGAGAGACCAUCAGACGGCUUUAUGAACAGCACCACGUGGUCCAGGAUAUGCUGGUACCCAUGAAGCAUCUGCAGGCUGCCAUCACACGCUUCCACCAGGACAUCGAUGUUUACCCUCUGUGGCUGUGUCCAUUCCUGUUGCCACCAGGCAGAGGGAUGGUUCACCCCAAAGGUCAAGAGGAGGAGUUGUACGUGGAUAUAGGGGCAUAUGGAGAGCCCAAAGUCAAACAUUUCGAAGCUAAAGCAUCAACGCGUCAGCUGGAGAAGUUUGUUAGAGAUGUGCAUGGGUUCCAGAUGCUGUAUGCAGAUGUGUACAUGGACCGAGAGGAGUUUUGGGAGAUGUUUGAUGGACAGCUGUAUCACAGACUGAGAGAGGAACUAGGCUGUAAGGAGGCCUUCCCGGAGGUUUACGACAAAAUCUGUAAAUCUGCCCGACACUGACACCCCCCACCCCCCUCACUGGUACCUGACCUCUGCCCUGUGACACAGAUACAUGGAGGCAUCUGUCUGUUUGGGGAUUUUUCAGCAAAAACUAAAAACUGAUUUACACAAAGAUACAUCUCAGAAUCUUCUAAGGUGGGAUUAAGCUUUGCACACACUAAUAAUAGCUAAAAUAUGUUUUAUUGUUAGCAGCCAGACUGUGGCUUAAGAGGCCCGUCUAUCAACGUGAAGCAGGAGCACAACUAUUGUAAUUGUUUUAAGUGAUAACUCAUGAAUAUGUUCUCGUUUCCCUCUUUCUGUACACACUUAGGUUAUUCAUGUUCUCAUUUCAUUUAGAGCUUGACUCCAAACCCAUAUGGUAACCUGUUGAGAGCAAACAGUACCAAUAUUUUUUUGUUUACUUUUUUAAACGUGUAUCAUAGGAAACGUUUCCCUGUUUAACAAUCUUAUCUGUGUUUAUCACAGACUUUUUGCCUUUUUUUUUUCUGUAUACCUUUCAACCGGUCAGUCUUACCUACAGUUUCCACAGUGCCAUACUCUUUGAAAACAUGGCUUCAUAAUAAGUGUCAUACACAUAUUUUAAAACAUAUACUUUUGUGAUAAAUCUAUGACAUUUAAAGUAAAAGAAAAAAGGUAUAUUGUAACUUAAUAAGUUACUAUUUUGAUAUCAAAAUCAGAUCACAUCACCAGGACUGUGUAAGGGUUGAGUGAAUGAAUUAAAAACUAUUUUUCUUGAAUAAAUAUCAUUGUCAUGUUUGUUAAAUAUAGAUUCUGAAGUUGUUGGAAAUUAGGGCUGCAUGAUACGGUAAAAACAUCAUACUGCGAUUAUUUUCAGAGAUAUUGCGAUAUGAUUCACUGUGCCAUCACAAAUUGCAUUUUCACUUAAAGAACUAUUAAAAUCGUUAAGAUGUCUGAUGAUA